AUGAACAAGGCCUGCCACAGGAAAACGGUGGACAGACUGGGGAGGCUUGCUCUGCUGGGAAUUACGGAGACGCUUAGAACGACUCCCACCUCGGCAUUGGAGGCGCUACUCUUCAUGCAGCCGCCACACCUCAUCAUAAGAGAUGUGGCGCUGUCAACAGCAGCUAGGCUGAAACUAACUGGCACCUGGAGGGAAGUCAAGAAGGGACAUGCUUCGCUCCUUACGGAGGACAGGGUGCUCCAUGGCGCGCUGUCCAAAGGGGGAGACGCAUGCAGAACUGAAUGGCACCCUCACAAGAGAUUCAAAGUCAACCUAGGCACUGUGAACACACAGGCCUGGGCGGGCUCUAAAUGGUCGCCACCUCACGGGCUGGUCUGGUACACGGACGGCUCCAAGAGGUGCGGCCGAGCGGGAGCAGGAGUGUGGUCCAGUCAACCCUCCGCUGAGAAGGCCCUUGGACUGGACCCACACGCCACCCCGCUUCAAACAGAAUUAGCUGCCCUAGGAGUCUGCGCCAGAAUCAUACUGGCCAGGCAAAACAAGGGCAAGGUGAUACACAUCUACUCGGACAGCAGGCGGGCACUAGGAGCCCUACUGAAACACGAGAGUGGCUCCAGGUUGGUAAACGACUGCAUAGAGUUGAUGGACAAAGUUGCAACCUGCAACAAAUUAAAGGUGUCCUGGAUGCCAGGCGACGCCGGCAUACUUGGCAAUGAAGAAGCCGAUAUGCUGGCCAAACAAGGAUGUCAGACAAUGGCGCCGGUGGAUGAAGACCACGUUGGCGUUCAUUCAGACUAUAUAAAGGAAAUAAUCCAAAAGCGCGCGGACAGGGGAGUGGUGGAGAGAUGGAACGCAGGGAUGGGCGCCAGACACACCAGAUCCCUCCUCCGCGAACCCUCCAGGAAGUUGGCUGACGAACUCGUGUCCUUGAGCAGGGUUAAGCUGCGAGCCCUUUUAGGGCUUAUUACGGGACACUGGCCGUUAGCUGCCUACCUGGCGAGAAUCGGCAAGGGAGAUGAUCCUCUUUGCCCGAGAUGCGGCUUGGUGGAGGAGGACCCCCACCAUCUAAGUAUAAAAUGCAGUGGUCUUGAUGAACUCCGUUUGGAUAUCUUUGAGACCACCUGUCUUAAAGAUCUUUACGUCGACAGGGACGGCUUCAAGGGACUCUACGAAUUCGCACGUGGGGCACAGAUGCUGACACCUCUCGACUAG